AUGGCCGACGCCAACGUUUUGGCCCCAGUGCUCAGUUGCCGGUUUGGGAACUUGGCCGUCUAUGCCAACCCGCUCAGGCAAAUGAAAGUUUCGCUCUUGCUCCAACGAGGGGCUCGUAGAAUGUGUAUUCCUCCCGCGGGAGCAACAUUCCCCAUGCCCACGAGGCUAACACAGCUGGGGCGGCUGGCGUGA